AUGAAUCGACCCCCAAAGCCAACGUUAGCAUCCAUCAAGCAAUUUACAUCAUCUGAUCAAAUCAAAAUAGCAAUGACACAUGUUUUUCAAGACUCACAAACUGGAAUUUCAGGUCAUAGGAAGUUGGUAAUUGUUAUGAAACAUAUAUUUUAUAAAUCUGCAGAUAUAAAUCAAUUGGAGUAUUUUAUAAUGUGUUUCACUAAGAUGUUGAACAGAAUGUUAUUAUUAAAGAAAGGUGAUAUAUAUGGUGAUAGAAUAGCUAAAUUUAUUUCCGUAUUCAUUCGAAGUUUAAAUCAAGAUGAACAAGAAAGGAAUAAUGGCAAGGAAAAGAAAGGAGAACAAGAUGAUGAUGAUGAUUCAGAAGAAGAGCUAGAAUCACCAGUUACUAAAUUUGUUGAAUCUUUAAUUAAUCAUUUGUUACGUGGAAUUGGAUCCAAAGAUAAACUGAUACGAUAUAGAGUCGUUCAACUAUUAUCAUUUAUGAUUGAUUUUAUUAGUGAAAUUCAUGAACACAUAGUCCAUUUAUUAUAUAAUUCAUUAGAAGAAAGAUUACAGGAUAAAGAAUUCUUUAUUAGAAUAGUUGCCACGGUCGCAAUUUCCAAAUUUCAAACAUAUGAAUUGAAAAUUGAAAAUAUGGGUCAAGUUAAAGAUUUAUCACAACAGUUACAACAGAAAUUAAUAACUUUGACUAGAUAUGAUGAAAAUGCAGAUGUAAGAAGAGCAGCAUAUCUAAAUUUAAAGAAAACAACAACUACAUUACCAUACAUUUUGGAAAGAGCCAAAGAUUUAAAUUCAAUAAAUAGAAGAUUAAUAUAUUCAAGAAUAUGUAGAGAAUUAAAUGGGAUUGAACAUCAAAAUUACAAUGAAUAUCGGGAAUAUUUAUUGAAAUGGGGUUUAAAUGAUAGAGAUGAUUCUGUUUUAUCAGCUGCUACAAAAUUAUUAUGUACAAAUUGGUAUGAUUUAGUUAAUAAAAACAUAUCGGAAUUUGUUGAAUUAUUAACUCCAAGAGAAAGCUUAGUUGCUGAAAAGGCAAUUCAAACUUUUUUUAAAACAAGACCUGAAAUAAUUGAAACUAUAAAAAUUGAUAAACAAUUUUGGCAAGAAUUAACUGUUGAUAAAGCAUUUUUAAUGAGAACUUUCUAUUAUCAUUGUAAUGAAAAUAGAUUAUAUGAUAUAAUAGAUUCUAACUUCCCUGAUGCUACUGAUUUGUCACAAAUUUUGGAAGAGUAUUUGAAAUUGAGAAUUAAUGUUUUACAAGAAAAUGAAGAAUUGGUAAAAGAUUGGGAAGCACAUAAGCAUGAUAUAGAGAAAAUUGAAGAUAGAAUUUAUUUUCUUGAAAAUGAAAUGAUUGGUUUAAAAUUUGAAGGUGAUGAUUUAGAAAGAAAAGCUGCUGGUUGUCAAAAAUCAAUAGAUCGAGCUGAAAUAGUAAUUGAAGUUGUAACUAAAAGAUUAAAACAAUUGGAUACUGGUAAAGGUAAGCUACUUGAUUUAUUAAAUGAUGAUACACGUUUUAUAUUUGAAUCAAUUCAAAAUAAAUCAGCAGAAGAUAUGAAAAAAGCAUUAAACAAUACAAAAACAAACAUGAAGGAAAUUAAAGAAUCUCAAGAAAAGAUCAUAUCUACAUUCCAAUUGAUUAAAGAACAAUUUGUUGCUUAUGAAGCAGAAUUUGAAGAAAUAAAGGAAAAUAAAUUAAGAGAAUUGGAAAAAUUUAAACAAGAUGAUAAACAUGAUUAUGUCCAAUUUGAAGAUCAAAUAAAUGAUUUAGAAUAUAUUAUAUUACAAUUAUUAUCAGUUUCUAUUGAAUUUGAUUUUAGUGAUGAAAUAGGUAGAAGAAAAAUCUUACAAUUGAUAAGAACAACGUUAACAGAAGAUAAAUUACCUGCAACAUUGAUAUCCACAGCAUUGAAAGUUUUAAAGAAAAUAUCAAUUAAUGAAAAAGAUUUUGUUGCAAUGAGUGUUGAAAUAAUUACAGAUAUUAGAGAUUCUGCAGAUGAUGAUGUUUUCCAUUCAGCUCAAAAUACAUUUGAUGAUGAAGAGCAAGCAACUUCUGAAAAAGAAUUUCCUGAUGAUUUAUAUAUUAGAUGUUUAAUUGUAACUCAACAUGUAUUGGAAUUAGUUGAAGAAAAUUUAGAUCAACAUUUAUCAUUAAGUUCUAUCUAUACUGGUAUUGUCAAUUAUUCAUUAACUAAAAAUGAUAACAAAGCAUUACAUAUUUUAGGUUUAAAAUGUCUUGGAUUAUAUGCAUUAAUUGAUAAAAACAUUGCCAAAGAUGCUGUUGUUUCAUUUAUAAAAUUUAUACGUACUUCAAAUGAUGAAAUUAAAAUCAUUGGAAUUAAAUCAAUUAUUGAUAUUUUAUCAAUUCAUGGAAUUUCAAUAUUAUCAAAAGAAGAAAAAUUUAAAUAUUCAAGAUUGUUCUAUAAAGCAUUAACUAGUAGAUCACCAGAAAUACAAUGUGUAGUUGCUGAAGGUUUAUGUAAAUUAUUUUUAGCUGAUAUUUUCAAUAGUGAAGAAAUUUCAGAUGAUCAAGAUUUUCAAAGUGAAAAAUAUCUAUUUGAAGCAUUAAUUUUAAUUUAUUUCCAUCCAUCAAUUGAAGAAAAUGAAGAAUUGAAACAAAUUUUAGCAUUUUGUAUACCUGUUUAUUCAUAUUCAAAAUCAAAUCAUCAAUCUAGAUUAGCUUCAGUUUCUGGUGAUGUUAUAUAUCAAUUAUUUGAUGAAGAAAAUACAUUUAUAACGUAUCAUAAUGAUGAAGAAAAGGAAGAAUUUUUGGAAAAAUUAUCAAAUAUAUCACCUACUAAUGUAAUCUCACAAUUGAUAGAUUGGUGUAAUCCACAAAAUUUAGUUGAACCAGAUUUGAAAUCAACUUCUCAUUAUUGGCAAUUGGUUUAUUUAUUAGAAGCAUUUGAACAAGAUAGUACAAAAAUAGUUAAAAAGGCAAUAUUAAACAGUUUACCAAAAUUUUUCAUAUCUGAACAAUUAGGAUCUAAAUUAUUAACAAGUCUAAAAGAUUCAUUAUUGGAUACAAAGAAGAUAUUAGACGAAUCAAGAGAAGAAACAUUUCAAUUAGAUGUUAAAACUAAAAGAUGUUUAGAUUCAUUUAUUGAAAUAAUUGAACAAAAAUUGAAACUGGCUAUUGAAAAUGAAGAUAAAUCAAAUACAAAUUCAAUUCUUCAUGAUAUAUCUAGUGUUGAUCAUAGUAAUACAAGUAAUACAAGUAAUAAUGCAAUUAAUCAAGAAAAAAGUGAUAGAAGUGAAUCUGAAAAAGAUGAUGAUGAUGUAGAUAUGGAAGAUAAUGAAACUGAAAAAGAAUCAAGAGAACAUACUCCAACUCCUAAAGGAAAUUCAAAAGAAGAAACUCCAUUUACAAAUGUUUCACCAGAUCAAAGUUGUAAAAAUUCAUCAAGAACUGAAGUAUCAAAAAUUCAACCUCCUUCAUUAGAUGAUAUUGAUAAAUUCUUAGAUGAAGAAGAUAGAGUAGAAUAUGAUAUACCUAUGGUCGAUGAUUAA